AUGCAAUUCCUUCCAAACAUCAAGACAAAAAAGAAAACUGUCCUUAAAACUUGGAAGUCCAAAAGGAAAAGCUCGGACAGACAAAAGGAUAUGAUUCCCUGUGAUUUCUGCCUGGAGAAGCCUAAUUCAGCAGUAAAGAUGUGCCUAACCUGUGAGGCAUCCCUGUGUCGGGCCCACCUGAACAAACACAAUUCUAAAAGCACCCAGAAAGACCAUGCCUUAGUGGCUCUCUCUGCUGCUGAAGCCCAGAAGGAGAAGAAAACUGGUGCAGAACACACAGAGCUGCUGGAAGGCUUCUGUCUGGACAACUCAGCUUGUGUUUGUGCCACAAGCUUUCACACAAAGGAUGAAUAUGACAAGCAGAGGGAAAUUCUCUCCUUGAUGAUGAAAUCAAUGCAGGAAAAUAGAACUGCCAUGAACCAAGCCCUCAGGCAGCUCCAGAAGAGUGCGGAUCAAAUAAAGAGCAAUAAGAAAAUAUUGACAGACCAGCUGUCAAAGAUCUUCCAAGAGAUCAAAACUCAGGUAGAUCAAAAAGAGAAGCAGAUCAUCAGUGAUAUUCAGUCCAGUGAGAAAAAGCAUUUGGCUGACAUUAUUGCCUUACAAAAGCAAGUGGAAGAGAAGAAGGAUAAAGCUCUCCAGAACCUUCAAGAUCUACAGGCACUGAAAGAACAAACAGAUGCUCAGGCCUUUGUCCAGGAUUUUCAGCUGUUCCAAAAGAGGAUUAAGAAAGAGAAUUUCAGCAAUGGCAGUGUGGAAGUCUUAACAGUGCAUUUGGAUCAAUCAGACAUUCAAAGUGUUCGAAAUCACACAGCAGUUUACAUCUCCAAUCUAGACACACUGAUGCAAGUAGUACAUGGAAAAAUCAUUAACCAAACACAGUGGAGCAGAAUAAUUCCAGCUGCAGAGUUCUCUCUUGAUGAUGUGAUCUGUGAAGUCUUCCCAUCACCACCACCACCACCACCACCACCACCAUUAUCUGAGAAUAAAUCAGCAGCAUAUCCAGAAAUCUAA